GGCGGGACUUAGAAGCGAGGCGUGUGAUUGGCUCCGCCCCCUGACCCGGCAGGGAUUAAACGGGGGGGGGGCGGUGCUAAAAUGGCGGCGCCCAGUGGGCAAACGCUGGAGGUCAGGCAUGGCUGAGCCUGCUCCGUCAUUCUGAGUCUCCCAGCUCCAGCAGCAGCCUCCUUCCUCGCCAGCCUCCGCCCCGUGUCCGAGGGACAAGCCCCCCACCAUGAACUGUGUGCGGAAGCUGCUCCGGGCCCGAGGGCUCUCUGCCGGACGCGGCAUCCUGCGGCAAGCGGCGCCGGGGAGGGCUCGCCCAUGGCUGCAGGGAAGCAGCUGUGCCCAGUGCGUCUGGCCGGUGCCUGCGCGGCGCAUCCGGAGCAGCGCUGCCCUGAGCCGUUCUGAGCUCGUCCCCACGGCGAGGGGGGACAAGGAGAAAGACAGAGGGUUCCGUGAUGGGUCCCUGGUGCCCUUUGAUGAGCUCUUCGAGCGGGCCCACGAGGGAGACAGGACCAAGGCCGCCUUCAGCCGAGCGGUGGAGCUCUUCUGCCAGAGGGACGUCCGGCGCAGAGGUCAUGUCGAGUUCAUCAACGCGGCCCUCAGGAAGAUGCCGGAGUUUGGGGUGGAGCGGGAUCUCGACGUCUACAACAAGAUCCUGGACGUCUUCCCCAAGGAAGUGUUCGUGGCCCGCAACUUCAUCCAGAGGAUGUUCAACCACUACCCGAGGCAGCAGGAAUGCGGGAUCCAAGUCUUGGAGCAGAUGGAGAACUAUGGCAUCAUGCCCAACAAGCAGACGAAAUUCCUGCUGCUCCAGAUCUUUGGCGAGAAGAGCCAUCCUGUUCGCAAGUACCAGCGGCUCAUGUACUGGUUCCCCAAAUUCAAGCAUGUCAACCCGUACCCGGUCCCGGCGGCCCUCCCCCGAGACCCCGUCGACCUCGCCAGGAUCAGCCUGCAGCGGAUUGCCGCCGACCUGAGCGCCACGGUCACGGUCUAUCAGAGGCCUCUGACGGAUAUUUCGGAUGCCGGAAAAGAGAUCACCCAGCCGCACAUCGUAGGAAUCCAGAGCCCUGAUCAGCAGGAACUCCUGGCUCGCCACAAUCCGGCCAGGCCCGUGUUUGUCGAGGGCCCCUUCCCCUUGUGGCUGAAGAAGACGUGUGUUUAUUAUUAUAUACUCCGGGGAGAGCCGUUGCCUCCUGAAGAAAAGGAAGAGGUGAUCGACUCCGAGAGGAACUUGUACUACCCCAUGCACCUCGACCUGGACCUGGACCGGGGCCUCUGGGACGACGAGGAAUUUUACGUGGAUGAAGUGGUGGAAGGCCCCAUCUUUGCCAUGUGCAUGGCCGGGGCAGGAGACCAGGCCACUUUGGCCAAGUGGAUUUUGGGCCUGCAGCAAACCAAUCCCAUUUUGAGUCAGACACCGGUUGUGUUCCACCUCACGCCGGGGCCCCGAGAGUUCCAGGUGGCCUCGGACUCGGAGAGCGGCGAGGAGGAGAUCCCGCAAAGUUGGCGCAUGAAGCAAGAACUUUAAACCUGCCUCCAUUUGGUCGCCUUCCUUGGGGAUUGUUUAGCUGCAUGCGAUCGAGCCGAUGGGCCAGCGGGAAUCUGCUUCAGCAGCCACCGUGGCAUAGGAACGGAUCCGUCCUUUCAAUCAGUCUGAGCCGCUUUGAGUAGAGUCCCACGUAAUGAGGGUGCUGUGACUGUCUCCUCCCCCUGCUUCCUUCGCUCUAGCGCUAAGGACGGUACUGGGUAUGGGGUGAAUGUGCUUAGCCGCCAGACGAUUUGAUGUAGUCGCCUCACAUUUGGACCUGAUCAUUGUUCUGGGUGAUCUCUGAUCGCGGCAGGGGGAGCCCAGAGCCUCCUGAGUUGUAAUCCCAGCUCCUAUUAAACCACUGCCCCGGGCGUGGA